AUGGCUUCAGAACAUAUCGGCGUCCAUUCCAAAGGCGACAGUGUCGCCGAAGAGAUCGAGAGUCAGAACAAGGCGUUCACCCCCCGCCCACCUACUUUUUCCACCAAGCUCGAGGAACGAGACUGGCUCAAGUUCCGUCUAGCUCAGGCUUUUCGGAUUUUUGGUAACCUGGGAUUUAACGAAGGCGUCGCCGGGCAUAUCACUGUCCGGGAUCCCAUCAAGACCGAUUGCUUCUGGGUUAACCCAUUCGGGUUGCAUUUCUCCCUGAUUAAACCUGAAGAUCUCCUGCUUGUCGAUCACGCAGGGAAAAUUCAGGAUGAAUCAGGGCCUCGUCGAAUGCUCAACACUGCUGCCUACAUGAUCCAUGCUGCAAUACACACCGCAAGGCCAGACGUCCUUUGUGCUGCACAUACGCACUCGAUCUUUGGGAAGGCAUUCUCGUCCCUGGGAAUCGAGUUGGCAAUGUUGAAUCAAGACGCUUGUGCAUUCUAUAACGACAUAGUCCUAUACAAUCAGUUUAAUGGCAUCGUCCUGGACAAGGACGAAGGUUUUAACAUCGCAAAGGAACUCGGGUCCAAGAAGGCUGCCAUUCUGCAGAACCAUGGCCUCCUGGUGGCUACCAACACCAUCGAGGCAACCGUUUUCUUUUACAUUGCCUUGGAGAGGGCAUGUCAAGCUCAACUUAUGGCAGACGCAGCCGCCGGAGCCCAUGGAAGGACGCCCAUCAAGAUUUCGGACGAAGAGGCGGCAUAUACCGCGAAGAGCAAUGGAAACCUUAUGGCUGGUUGGUUCCAAGCUCUUCCUGAAUUCCAACUUCUCGAAGCCAGGGAAGGGGUGAAUUUUGAAAGCUGGAAGAAAGCCCGUGAGGGCAAAGUGAACGGAACCGCAUAA